UACCCGGUGGAGGGAUACCUGCCCCUCCAGAACCCCCCCACUGCAGACCUGAUGAAAGCUCAGAAACUGCUGGGAUACAUCAAGAACGUCCUGUCCACGUCCAUCGACACACAGGAGGAGAAGCUGCUGGAGAAAGACAUGUCUAUGUGGAGCCUUCAUGGAGAACCGACCAUCCUCGUCACGCUGGCUCACAUCUUCAACCACUUCGCUCCGCUCAUGUGUAAGGUCUACCUGGUGGAGGACGUGCUGAUGGACUUCCUGUUGGGGAUUUUGGAGGGAGGAGGUUCAGUCGAUGAACAUCCGCUCAUCCAGCAGCUGCUCGACCUCUUCUGGCUCCUCAUGGAGGACUACGAGGUGAACGAGUGUCUGAAGCAGCUGAUGAUGUCGCUGCUGAGAGCGUACCGCUUCUCCCCGAUCAUCCCCGACCUCGGCUUCCAGAUUCAUUACCUGCGUCUGACUACGGCCGUCCUGCAUCACGAGAAGUCCAGAAAAUACCUGCUGAGCAACGUUUUAUAUCCUUUACUCUUAACUAAAGUAACUAAAGUAACUAAAGCUGUUAAUAAUGAAUCUUUAACUUUUGUCACGUUCGACGUCCUUCGCUCCGUGGUGUUCUUCUACGUGAAGACUCCUCUGAGGGUGAAGGAGGCGGGACUAGAGGAGCUGAUUCCCACCACAUGGUGGCCCACGCACUUCGACAAGGAGGGGAAAGACGAGCGGGACCCUAAAGAGGAAAGUGCCGACGAGCGUCUGAGACGUCGAGCCUACGAGAGAGGCUGCCAGAGACUGAAGAAGAGGAUCGAAGUUGUUGAAGAGCUUCAGGUUCAGAUCCUGAGACUGUUGCUCAACAACAAGGACAAGACUACGGGUGAAGCGUCUCGGUACAUUUUCCUGAAUAAGUUCAGGAAGUUCCUCCAGGAGAACGCCAGCAACAGAGGGCAGCAUCCCACGGCGUUGUGUCCUCCGGAGUACAUGGUCUGUUUCCUGCAUCGUCUCAUCACGGCCGUCAGAUCCUGCUGGGACGAAGGCAGCAGGAAGAGUCCCGGCAGCAUCAGCAGUGAAGACGGUUACGUUCCCCCGCAGCUCUUCUACAACGGGAAGGUGGACUACUUUGACCUGCAGCGGUUGGGGGGGCUCCUGUCCCACCUGAAGAAGACCCUCAAAGACGACUUGGCGAGUAAAGCGAACAUCAUCAUCGACCCGGCGGAGAUUCAGAGCACCUCCAUGGACGACCUGGACGAGGACGAGGAGAGCGGAGCGGCUCAGAGGCCGUUUGGAGCAGCAGCGAUGGGUGGAGCCUUGGCCCGACCCAGCUGGCUGAGCUCUCCCACGCUGGGCCGAGCUAACCGCUUCCUCAGCACGGCCGCCGUCAGCCUCAUGACCCCCAGACGACCUCUGACCCAGCCCGAGAAGGUCAAGGUCCGGACCCUCGCCGUGGAGCAGAGGACCGAGGACGACAUCGAGGGUAGCCAUGGCAACGACGGCCUGUUGCUGGGGCGACCGCUGGAGGAGCCGGACCAGCCGGUGGCCGAUAAGUCGCUGCUGGAGAUCGUCGACGGGAUCGUGAUGAUGUACAACCUGAGCGUCCAUCAGCAGCUGGGGAAGAUGGUGGUGGUGUCUGAUGACGUGCAUGAGUACGCUGUAGCGCUGAAGGACACGGAGGAGAAGAUCGCUCGCUGUCCGUCCAGAAGAGCAGACAUCCUGGAUGAGCUCCAGAAGAGUCAGAAGGUUUUUGCAGAGAAGUUGAAUCAUCUGAGCAGAAGACUGGCCUGGAUCAACGCCACCAUCUACUCCAAGGAGAAGAUGCUGGACGUGUACUGGCUGCUGUGUGUGUGUAUUCGGACCAUCGAGCACGCUGAUAACACCGGCUCGUUGUUCGCCUUCGCUCCGGAGUUCUACCUGAACGUGGCGAUGAACGCGUACAGCGCUCUGAAGAACUACUUCAGCCCGGCCAACAGCAUGGACGAGCUGCCAGGUUACGAAGAAACGCUGACUCAGCUCGCUGCGAUCCUCGCUAAACACUUUGCUGACCCACGAAUAGUCGGAACAGAUAUCAAAGACUCUCUGAUGCAGGCGCUGGCCAGCUACGUCUGUUACCCACAAUCCCUGCGGGCGGUGGAGCGGAUCCCCGAGGACCAGCGCGUCGCCAUGAUGAGGAAUCUGCUGGCUCCGUAUGAACAGAGACCCUGGGCCCAGACCAACUGGAUCCUGGUCCGACUGUGGAGGGGUUGUGGGUUCGGCUACAGAUACACUCGUCUGCCUCAUCUGCUCAAAACCAAACCAGAGGACGCAAACCUGCCCAGCCUGCAGAAGCCGUGUCCGUCGCUGCUGCUGCAGAGACACAUGGCCGAGCUGCUGAGCGUCGAUAAAGACAUGGCCGCCUCCUUCCUCAACAGCGUCCUCAACCAGCUCAACUGGGCGUUCUCCGAGUUCAUCGGCAUGAUCCAAGAGAUCCAGCAGGCAGCGGAGCGUCCAGAGAGGAACUUUGUGGACACUCGUCAGCUGAAGGUGUGUGCGACCUGCUUCGACCUGUCCGUCAGCCUGCUGCGGGUUCUAGAGAUGACCGUCACGCUGGUUCCUGAGAUCUUUCUGGAUUGGUCGAGACCGUCUGCAGAGCUGCUGCUCAGACGCCUCGCUCAGGUCAUCAUCUACUCAUCAUUCAUCAUUUAUUACUUUAUUACUUUAUAUUUAUAG